AUGACAUUGAUUCCUUUUCCACCUGAUGCAAAAGGACGUGGAGCUGCAGCUGAAGAAGAGGAUCUUCGCGAUCCCUACCAGAUAUCACAUGUAACCGGGUAUUCUACCGAAGAAGAUGAUUUGUAUAAUAAGGCUAGUGGAUUUCUUGGUGGUGAAUUUGACGAAAGGAUACUCAGAGACGUUGUCAGGAGUGCUCUUGUGUCGCGUACCGUUGCAAACCCUGCAAACAUUUUAAAUGAGGUGCUGGGUGCGUACUUUGACAGAAUCGACACUUUGAAAGAUAGGCAAGCCAAACAGGUUCGCUUUGAAGAGCAUCCGGAAUCUCCCUCUUCUACGAAACAUUCGCCUGUUUCACCGGCCAGUAGGCAAGUUAAAACUGCUGACAGGGCUUCAGAUGUCAUUGAUAUUUCUUCGGAAGAAGACAAAAAGCAAUGGGAAAUCAGUGACAAUCGUGAGGAGCAAGAUAUGGCAAAAGCUAUCGAAGCAUCGUUAAAAGAGAAUCAGAAUAUACCUGGAUUUUCUCCCGUGGCGCAGAAAGAUCCAGAAAAUCCUUAUGAAAGGCUACGAUUGGAAGGAGUUCCUGUUGGGCUCAAAAAUAUUGGAAAUAGCUGUUGGUUUAACGUAAUAAUUCAGACAUUGUUUAAUAUUCCGGCAUUUCGAAAAAUGUUACUUGAGUUCGAGUAUCCCCGUGCUGGGUUGGCAACUGUCCCUUGCGGCGACAGACUAUCUUCUUUAGCUCAAAUAAAUGUUACAAAGCCUAUAGGAUUCAUAAUUGCUCUUCGUGAUUUAUUUGCUUUUUUAUUGGCAUCAAAGCGCAAUUAUAUCGACCCAACUGAGACAAUAAAUGUAGUUAACGAUUUAGCAACCACGUUAUUGAAGGCUGUCCCUUGUGUUGGUAUCCAGCAAGAUUGUAUGGAGAUGUUACUACGGUUUACAGAGUGGCUUGAAAAGGGAUUUGAAGAACCUUGUGUUGAGGGAAACAACAGUUUUACUACAAAGUUAGUCAGAAGUUCCAGUCCUGAUGCUACAUUCCAGGACAAAGGUGUUGCUCUUGUAACUUUGGGACCAAGCGACAAGGCUACUGUUGAAGAUAUGGAUCAAACCGUAAAGGAGGGGUUUCUAAUGAACGAUGCGAAAGCCAGUGGAAAGCUUCAUGGGUCUGAAAAACCAGUAGCUUUGGAAUCUUCAACUUGCCCUGAGUCUGACGAUUCGCGCAGUUUGACCACUGUGGUAAAGUCAGAAAGUGACAUAAACUUUAACAAUCAAAUCAAUCCAUUCACAGCUAUGUUCCACGGUUCACACGUCGAACUUCGCAAUUCUCGUGUGGACAGUUCUGCGGGGCUGAAAAAUAAAUUUCAACUUAUAAACCUGGAUGUUUCUUUUGGGAAUUUGCACGAUUCUUUUGAGGCAUACCACUUAUCGAGUUUCCCGACACACGAGUUAUGGUACGAAACAGCUCCACCAGUUAUUGUAUUUUCGUUAGUAAGGUUCAGUUACAAAAAUGGGAAAACUGAAAAGAUUCAUAGCAGAUUUCACUUUCCUCGUAGUUUCUAUCUUGAUCGGUAUCUGAUCAAAAACCGUGAAUAUGUCUUGGAGAACCGUACGAAACAAGCAAACUUAAAGAAAAAGCGUUUGGCUAUUUCUAAAGAACUAGACAGGAUGUUAAAGUUCCCAGUUGGUAAUUCUUAUGAGUCUCAGCCAAAUAUAAUUGGCGCUGUCAUUAAACUAAUGGACGUUGAAUCAAGACACCCGUGUGCUGAAAUAGAAGACGCUGAACCAAUGGAGAUUGGUGAGGAACCAACGUUAUCUUCAAAUACAUGUUCUUCAGAUACAAUCGCUGUUGCACCAAAAAACAGUGAUGCCCAGAAUUUACCUGCUAGUGGAGCCGGUGAUGACAAUACACAUUUGUCUGAAAGGUCUGGUUAUAAUGGACAAGAAUUAAUGAGCGUCACGAAAUUUUUGAGAAAUUUAGCAAGUGAUGUUCAGUCAAAGCUUUCUGCCCUGCAAAGUGAAGUCAGCUCUCUCAACAUGCAAAUUGAAACGAUCUUUGAUGUGAAUUCAAUGAAAGAGGAGUGCUACCGCCUUCACAGUGUUAUUAUACAUGAAGGGGAAGCGAAUGUAGGUCACUAUUGGGCUUACAUUGCAGACUACAGUUCAUUAGGUGAGGAUAGCAUGGCUUCAAGGUGGCGAAAAUAUAAUGACAAAAGCGUUGAGCCUGCAACAUACGAGCAGAUGGAAGAAGAUGCUUAUGGUUCGAAAAGGACGUGUUCGGCCUAUUGCAUAGUUUACACAAGGUGUAAAAGCGAGACAGCUUUGUUUGGCAGUGAGGUUUCGGAUCCCUUCUUAUCUGUUGGAAGUACUGAUCAGCUUGUGCAGUUAUUGCCAUCCGAAUUGGGCCAUAAAGUAUCUGAAGACAAUGAUAAAUUGAAUGAAGAACUGCGUGUUUGGGAUACACAACAAAAUGUUGAAGUAGCAGGAGCAUGUAGUUGUCCGCAAAUUUGUGAUUUUGCUGAUAUAGCUAAUGACCAAGAGAUGAAAUUAAUGCUCGAUGAGAACUGGAGGAAAAGAAGUAACUGUGAAAGUAUUGCGCAUUAUUACCGCUUCGCUUACAACAUCUAUGGCACAGUCAUGGUUAAGAAGGCUGUCGAGCACUUGGGGCAGGGAUUUCCGGAUGGCAAUGCUUCGGGACGUGAAGAAAUAACUACGAAGUUAUUUGAAGAAGUAUUCCCUAAAUGCGUGAAAGGAAUGCAGGAUGUUGAUAAUGAAGAGUUUGAUGUUGACUGCAGAGUUUUGUUGACCGAAUGGACGCAUCUGAAUGGAAUACCGUUAUCUGAACUAGCCAUAAAAAUUUUUAUGCUUCGGAUGCUUUCUGUUGACUCACCUCAGGAUCUAACUGGGACUUAUUUCAGUAGAUUUUCUUCAAUUUGUUUGGAAACAAUCAAAACAUUUGCCACCAAGUUUCAAGGAUUUAAAGAAGCUGAACAUGAACUUCUGAGAGUUUAUACUUUAUACGAAUUGUAUUGUUAUGCUAUUGGGGUCCUGGCAGAGGCGGCUCGCCAAAUAUGGGAACAUAGGGGUACAAGAGAGCUAAAUAGGGAUGUCCAGCAAGCGAAACUGGUGUGCUUUAGUGGAUGGCUAUUAGAAAAAUAUAGAUUUUAUUGUCAUGCUGCAGGAGGUUCUUGUGCAAAUCCUGAGGUCGACCUUGUGCUAAUUGCUGUUAUGAUAAUUUCUUCUGUGCACGUCAGUCAAGACCUUGUGGAGUAUCUCUCUGAUACGACGAAUGACCAGGUCUUAGAUGCGAACAAGGCCUUCUUGGCUAAGGAGUACAGGAUGUUACUACAUCGGAUCAGAAAAUAUGACUGUGAUUCAAAUUUAUCUGUUCGUUUGAUGACGGUCCAAUACGUGAUGUCCUUGUGGGAGUAUCUUCAGCGCCGUCUUAACAGCUCAAAAGUGACAGCAAUACUAGAGAUGCUCCAUGAGGCAGAAAGCUGUGAUAUUCGAUACGAUGACCUUCCAGUGAGCAGUAGUACUAGUUCUUAUGAUAUCCUUGAGGAUCGUCGUUCCAUUGCAGAAUUUGUUUCACAAGGAGCACUGGGCGAGCCAAACAACAUGCAGUUGUUACUGAAAACGGCAGCCGCUGGUGCUAAGAUCAACAGCUUACAAAAUUUACCUGAAGAACAAAAAAAUUCAAGUGGUCUAGCAAUGAGCACAGGUUAUUUUUAA